GCCAACGGGGUGUAAAACAUUUCGGGUGCAAUAAAAGUCACAAAAAUACCUUUAUAUGACGUGAAUUAGUGCACCAUGUUUGUUACAAAUCUUCAGAAUGAGUUUUACAAUGUAGUACAGGGAAACCGUUGCCUUCUUCUAGUAAAUUUUGACGUGGAUGCAAUUUGUGCAUCUAAAAUUUUACAAGCACUAUUCAAAAAUGAUAAUGCUGUUUACACAUUGGUUCCUAUUCAGGGAAUUGAAGAACUGGUGGAAGCCUACAGAGAUAACAUUGAAGAGGUGUCCUAUGUUAUCUUAAUAAAUUGUGGUGGAGGUAUAGAUAUCGUGGAACUAUUGGAGCCAGAUGAACGCAUAACAUUUUUCGUCCUCGACAGUCACAGGCCGUACGACGUUGCUAAUAUUUAUUCAGAGGGACAAAUUAAGAUACUUGGUAAUCCAGAUGCAGAGGAAGGGAUACCCGAAUACAAUGAGAUAUACAAAGAUGACUCGUCAGAAGAAGAGGAGGAAAUUCCUUCUGAAGAUGAGGAAGUAGAAGAUGGAGCCGUCGAAUCGAAUCAAGCGAAACGACGGAGAUUAAAUGAGGAGAUUAUGUUAAAAAGAAGAGAAAGACGGAGAUGGGAGGAGAACCGGGACGCCAUUAUGUUUCACUACAUGCAGUACAGCUUCUAUGGGAGAUCGAGCGCUGUGAUGGUUUUCGAAAUGACAUGGAAAAUGUCCAGGGACAGCUUAGACAUGGCUUGGUGGGCCGUUGUAGGUGCGACAGAACAAGCAAUCCUCAGCAAAGUGGAAAACGGACAGAGUGUUUUAGAGGCGGGAAAUCUACAAGGUCACGUUUCUAGGCUCAGUCACAUAAGAGGCGUCGAUGGCGACAAAUUACACCAGAGUGCGAUUAAAGUCACUUACGACAAAGAUCUUCAACUGGCACUUUAUCGACACUGGACAGUAGAGUCGAGUCUAAGACAUUCUAUGCCCACUGCUGUUUCAUUACGUCUCUGGUCUAUCAGAGGUGAGACGCGCCUCAAAGAACUUUUAGCAGAAAUGGGAUUGCCCUUAGCGCAGUCUAAGCAACAAUUCUCAGCGAUGGAUCUCCAUCUUCGACAAGAAUUUAAACAGAUGAUGGAAAAACUGGCUGGUAAAUACAACAUAGAUACCGUAAUCGGUGCCAGUUUCACGCUUCAAUAUGGAUACAGAUUCAAAUAUUGUUCUUCGGACAUCGUCUAUGCUAUGCUUGCGUUGCUUGAAUCAACGUCGAAAGCAAGAUCGCCGCAACACUGUUUCCUGGACGCCUCUGAUUGUUUGUCGAGAAUGAAGAAAGAUGUCUUGGAAAGAGGAAUAGAGAAGGCGAAAGAGAUGCUCUGUAAUAUUUACAAAACGGCACAAAGUAUUUUGGAAAUGAAGCAAGUGUUAAAUGCUGGCACUUUUCUUUACGUUGUUCUUCCUGGGGGAAAUCUUGACAGUCACCUGUUCUCUCAUCCCCACGCACUCCUGAUGCUCGCUCAAUUUAUUCUGAAGGCCUACGUCGAGUGCUCAAAAAGCAGACGGGCGCAAAUGAUGCCUCUAGUUGCAUCUGCUGUUUACAAUCUUGAAGAAAAUACGUGUCUUGUCGUUGGCAUACCACCAAUCAUCGAAGAUCCACCUAGAAGUUUGUUUGGUCCCGCUUUCGACAAAGCCGCGAAGAACACGAAUUCUCACAUCGAAGGGGACUACUUCGAUUCUACAAUUGUAAGACUGAAAAUUGAGCAUCGACCGAAAUUUUUUGAUGCCUUGGCAGCGCUACUCAUUGGCUAGAAUGAAAUGCUGCUGCUGCAGCAAUAGAGAUGCGUGAAAGCUCCUCUGAUUUGUACAUAUAAUUUCAAGCAGCUAGGUACAAAUAUUUUUCCAUUAACGUAGAUAAACGGACAUGCUCAUGUUAAUUUUAAGAAGCAUUUUAAGUAGUUUUUUUUUUGGGAGAGUAGGGUGGUCGGAAAAAUCAAAAGACUUUCUCCAAUAAAGAUGAAUUUUUUAAAUUGAUUUAAAAAAAGCGUACCUCUGUUCGUAAAAUGAAAGAAAAACAUGGCAGAUUGCAAUUUUGUUCACAUAGUAAGUUCUUUGUUGAGAUUAUUCUAAUUCUUAAAUCAUUCAAAUCCGACUUGGUUAAAAUUGAGAGAGAGAGAGUAAAAUUUUUUCGGACCACUCUAUUAGGAGAGUCUAUUAGAUAUGAAAAACUUUUAGCGUACUCUUCUAUUCUUUUCCUUAUAAGAUGGAACCAAAAGUUCAAUGUUAGUAACUUUAUUGCUAGUGACAUACGACUUAAUUACUUAUAACAGUCUUGUAUAUAAAUAGAUAUCUUAAUUUGUAUUUUAGAACCGGCGACGUAUUGAGUUAACGAUGCUCUUAGUUCCGAGUGUACAUAAAAUUUUUGUAAAAUAGUCCGUUCUCUAAUCAAGGGCGAAUUUCCCUUGUUCACAUAAUGUUGAGAAAGUUGCAAAAUUCGAGCUUUCGAAAGCCUUGUAUGAAAGCCUUAUAUUUUAUCUUAAAGUGAGCGUAAUUUUAAAAUUUUAAUCUGAUACAUAAGUGUGCAAAGUAGAUAAUAAUACAUUUUUGAAUUAAUAAUCGCAAGUCGAGGGUUUCCUUUUUUAAAAAUGACUUUGCUAACAGAAAAUAACUGGCAUUCGAAGAACUUUGAUAUGCUUUUAAUAAUAGAUUUGUUAGUCUCGUAAAUGACAUCGAACCAAUUGUAAAAAUGAAUCGCAAGUUCUGCUGAGCAGAAGAGGAACACGCCAGUUCGACUGAAUAUAAAAGUUAAGCCUACGCGAUUGCUUCGACGAUGAUAUUUUUAUACCCCGUGACAUACAUUACGUGAACGAUAAGAAGUGCAUUGACACAUAAAUAGUUAAA